UCAUGUUGUGCGCUUUGUGACGUUUGUGUUGUGCUCUAACCGCCGGUUUGACAUCUUCUCAGCUGACUGCUAGGGAGCCAAAUGUAUCGGGCGUGCCGGGAGGAAAGCAAAUACCAAAGCAGGCGAAUUAACAUAGGAAUGGCUAUUUCGGUGGCAAAUAAUCUCUAAAAGCGUGCUCUGGCACUGCUUGCUGCUGGGUCCGAGAAGAUGGAGCUUGUCGUUGCCGUCGAUGUGCUGCGCCGUUGCGAUGUGAGGAUUGGCGUGACAGUCGCUCUGGUGCAGGACCAUGGGGUGAGCACCAUCAAUGAAGAGCUGGUGACGCGAUGUUUCCGCAACGUAAACAUCUAAGCGGAUGAAACGCUGGCCAAAUAUCUGCAAGAGAACAUUAGCAACGAGGCGAGCCUUCCAAUGCCAUCAUCCUUGAGGGAUCUCGCUUGAUGUCGAAGGCAGCGGCGGUCUGCGAGUCUGUUCGCGGUCCGCUGAUUAACCUCGUAUCCGGGCUUUAAGGAUUCGCUGAAUCGCGCCGGAUAUGCGUGGCAGGAACCGGAACAAUCGCCAAACGGUCGGGUGGUACGCGAUGAUAAUCUAAUCACGAGCAUGGACCCGGCGACAUCGUUCGAUUUUGCCUUGACGGUAGGUGCGCCCCUGACCAACCUGUAACACAGAGCGGUAUCGCCGUUUCUGGGCUGCGAUGGCAGCGGCUCGACAUGACAACAAGAAAAGGAAGUUUAUCGAAAGCUACAACCAGAUACAACACCACGCAAAACCCGCCUCUCUAGCCGCACCAAUGAUUUUGCCGGACAGUAGAAAAACAGCGAAUGUUUUGCCAUCCAAUCCCAGUCCAAGCGUGGUACGUAAGUUAGCAGCGGUGCUACCACGAAUGCAGCAGACGGACCAAUACCUGACGACGCAGAUGUGUUCGGUCGACUCUAAAGCAACAUCGUCAUCGCCCGUGCCUGUUUCUGGCAUCGUGCGGAAGGUCGUGAUGGCGGAUACAGGCAGUAUACUCGGGGCACGUGUCGAUUCACUUGCCAAACCAAAGCAAUCGGGCACCGGUGGCUUAAAUACGAUUGUCAGCUUUGCUGGAAGUGCACCGGUUUGCAUUCCAACCACUGGUGGUGUGGAAACCGACACGCUACCGAAAGGGGUGUUGGGAGUAUCCAGGCUGGCCAGUGCCGAUGUACGGACGAUAGCGUUUGCGAAAAGUGCCACCAAUGGCGAUGCGAAAGUCUCGCCUUCAGCAUUGAAUACGAUUUCUGGCAGUGUGAACGAUACUUGCAAAACGGAGACACAGUACAACGUUGCCCCCGGUUGGCGGCGAGUGCUGCGCAAUCAAGUAAUAGUUUAUAUAAGUCCUUCGGAGAAAAUGCUGUAUAACUUGAAGCAAGUGAGAGAAUAUCUUCUUUCUACUGGGACCUGCAAGUGCGGUCUACCGUGUCCGUUUCAUCCAGAUGUGUUUUUUCAAUUUGACUGUCAGAUCCCUAACUUAAUGUUAGAAACAUCGAAAAAUGGGAAAACACUCUGUUCACAUUCACUUGCUUCAUCGGCAGUUCGCUCCGAAGGAAUCCAUACAGCAGCAGCAGAUACAUCAUCCGGUGGCCUAAAUCGUAAGAACUCUUAUCCGGGCGCAGGAGUCCAGAACGAAAUUAGCUGUGCAAAUCGAACAGUCCGCUCUGCUGUUUUGAAAAAAAUAUCACAUUGGCGUAAAAGUGUGUCUUCGGCAACGGUAUCAUCCAACCCAGUUGCUGUGGUAAACACCGUAGCAACACCAGUUACACAGCCCACGAAGCUUCCGGUGGCAACCAAAUUAUCUGGCACCCUUUCGACCACCUUCGUGUUCAAUACACAAGCUAAAUAUCAGGCUGCACAAACCAAACCACUGAGUAUAUCCAUCGGUGAAAAUCAAAUUCAAACUAUUCCUUGCUCGGCGAAGGGAGAGAAAAAAUCUCCCGAAGAGAAGAAAGUUUCAUUCAAGGAUGAUCCAACUGGCUACCUGAACCAGCAAACUGCCAUGUUGCACAGUUCAAUAUCAAUUCUCCACUCGCCGGACCGCCGGUCACCGUCAAUUGCUGCCGAUGGUCAAAAUACGGCAGCGCAUGUUUCCAGCGAUCAACCGCCAAUCGCCAGCGAAGCUACCCAAAGUAAAACGCAGCUUUGUCACAGUAAAACGGUGAAUCGUAUCGUGCCAAUGGUGCAGAUGGCGGUACAAACGGAACUCCCCACGACGCCGGUUAAAAGCGGGGCAUCGUCUGGGUUGAUUUCAGGGCAAAUCGACAAUGACGUCCAAGGAAUUCGUCUAGCACCUGUUGUGGUCAACAACCGCUCUAGUUUGUCAGCCGUUGUUGAUGGAGUUAGGCGAAAAUGCAAUCAAAACAAUAAUAUUAGCACUACAAUAACGGCAAAUGACCAUGCAAAGUCGACCAUCUUCGUCCGUAGCGAUGUGCGCUCCGCAGUGUCCGAUCCGUGUUCCUUAGCAAAGCAAGCCAAAUUAAAUUCCGCGCGGAUCAGUGAGUCUCUAAGCAAUAGGCCGUUUGUUAAGUUUGUGAACACGUCAUUGGCGUCCUGUCCACAAAUCUUGCCUAACACAACUAUGACAACCAAAAUUCCAACGUCGUAUCCAUCCAACAUACAGCCUGUAGCGGCAGGUUCGAUAACUUCCACCGGAAACCACAUUGUUGUCCUCGAUCAGCACUCGGCAGUCAAUGCUGAUUCGAACCAUUUCCAAAUCACUGGAUAUCCUGUACGCCAAUCCCAAGAUCAGUGUUACAUUAGCACAGCGAAGCCGCAACCGCAAAUUGCCAGCUACGAUUUGAAUCGCAAUCAUGUUGUAACCAGCGAUGCAACGGUAACGCCAGUGAUGUUAAAUGGUACUAACAUAAUCGUGAACAACGCUGGACCCUCUGCGCAAAUGCUAUCGACCGUUAACGGUGUACUGUCGAGCGAAACAACCAAUUCGAUUGCAACCAGUCGGCAGCCGGAUGCUGGUGUUAAAGCGUCUCUUAUGACUAAUGUCGCCAGUGGUGUAAACGAGCUUAGCUUUGCAUUGGCGUCACCUGGACCGGCUUGUCCGCCACCGGCAGCUUCGAUGGUUUUGAAUCCGGCCAAUAGCGUCAACGUUGCCGCGGAUACAUCAAACAACGGUUCAUCGUGCUUUACCAGUAGUCCUAUUUUUACCUCAAACGAUAGUUCAGCACUAUCGUGUUUCACCUCACUGCUUUGCAAACCUGCUGGUAGCCAGCCUGGAAUACAGAACAAUGCAAGCGUGACGGAGGACAGUGCACAAGACUCUUCGAUUCGAUCGAAUAAGGUGCAAACUAUAAAAAGAGCAAAGGCCAAUCCAACAAUUUUAUCCACCUAUUCGAGCAGUAGUAACAUUCUGCUAUCGAGUCCCUCGGUCGAACUACAGCAACAGGCACAUCAUCCGCAACCCGCAGCAAUGCAGUUACAAGGGUCGUUUGUGCAGGUCAACCCUUAUGCCAGCUUGCAGAAUAUUCAGCUCACUCCAAGCCUGGCCGGCAUUACGGUUGUGCCAGCUUCCAAAACCAACACAUUGGGUGCCCUCGGCUCUUCCACACAGAUAGUGAUGGCGGCGGCUAGCAAUCAGCAACUGCACCACCAUAGCCAAGCGCAACAACCUUCGUACAAUUUGUUAGGACAUAGCCAAACUAUCCUGCUACCGACCACUGGUAUGAUAGUCGCGUCCGAUGCAACUAACUCUACCGCGACGCUGCUGCAGGUUCAAAAUAUGUCGCAAUGCACGGGUGGCACCACACCCGUGUUAACAGCGCCUGCCGGAAUAGUACUGAGAACGCAAAAUAUGCCCACGACACAUGCCAAACCAACCGCUAGCUUUCUGCCAGCUAUAACGCACCAGCCCUUUACGCUGAUCACUGGUAGUAGUGCGAACAACAACAGCAGACAUGUUUCGCCCGGUAAUGUGCUGCAACCUCCGGUUUUUACUACAAGUUUUAAUGGCGGUAUCAGAAGUGGCGAUAGUGGGAAUGGUGGUGCUUAUAUUGGAAGUGCAGGUAGCUCUUUGAACGUCGGUGCCAAAUCGAUUGCCCAAAUACCACAACAUGUUCCACUCCAGAUUCAACCUCCAAUAACACUGUCCAGCAAUGUGCGUAAAAUGGACAUAAAUGCCACGGUGGACACAGUGGUCGAUGCGGCUACACCCUUUGCAGAGCCUGUUCUGUUGCACUGCGACACUACAACACGCUGCCACCCCGUUAAUUCAGAUCAUUUUAACAAAUUUACUAGUUCCUCUGCCGAAGUAAAGGUUGCUGAUAACACUACUAGUAUUUACUUCAUCAAAGAGAGUGAUUGUGCAGCUAACAUCAAUACUAGUACGUCUAUGAACAAAUGUACUCCUAGCACUGAAUCGGACGAAUCAAUAGCAUCUUUACGCGAUAAGCAAAAAUCAAAGAGAGUCGGGAUAGAAAACUAUACCAUGUCGCUCACGAUAAAAGAGAAAUGUGCUGUGCUGGACGACAAUGAUAACGAAACGAAUCAGAACAGUCUAUCAUUUGGUGGAGAGUCCCGUUUAACAUAUCCGUUGCUACUUGAGGGUGUAUCUUCCUUAAAAGAAGAGCCUCGUGCUCACCACGAUGCUUUGGAUAGAAGGCCAAAACAACAGCCAAACGAGGCUAUGAGUCCAGGUCCAGGAUCUUCGUCGCAGCUCGAUAUGAUUCCGCAUCGACCAUCGGAUACCGCCGGUGUUUGCAUCGAGACAGAGUCACCUGCAACAUGUCGGUUUGGCGUUGGCGAUUUGGUGUGGGGAGCGGUCCGAGGAUAUCCCGCCUGGCCGGGCAAAGUGUGGCCGGGACCUUCCGCAGCCGGCCAGAAAGAUAAGGAACGCUUGUCUUUGUCGGCCUUGCCACGGCAACAACCGUUGUCGACCGAUUAUGUAUGGGUGCGAUGGUUUGGCAUUAGGCGCAUUAGUGCUGAAAAAGUGGCUGUGGCCACAUUGAAAAGUCUCUCCGAAGGCCUCGAAGCUCAUCACAGGGCGCAGAAGGAUGCGAGAAAGAGCCGUAAACUGAAUCCACAACUCGAGCACGCGAUUCAGCAGGCUAUGUCGGAACUGGAUCGUGCUUCAACAACAUCAACCGACACACGCGAUGCAGUCGACGUUGAUGGAGAAAGGAUGGCUUCCCUUACUAUUGAUGGUAAACGUUUCUCUACGAGCAGGAAACAGCACACACAGCGGCGCCCUGGUCGUCCCGGUCGUCCUGGACGCCCCGGUCGCCCUGGUCGCCCUGGUCGCCCCGGUCGUCAUCAUCCCAAGGGAAGAGUGGCCAACGAGCGGAAGCUUCGUCGCUAACGGAAAGAUGUGCUUUUAUUCAUCUGCUAUAGUUCAUGACAACCAGUAGAAUCGAAGAAGGAGCCAGUGGUUUGAAACUCAAUGUUAUAAUUAAGCGGGCCUAACCAAAAUGACUCCUAUCGUAUGAUAUAUUGGCUGCUAAUCAAAAUUGUGAUUUUGUCUAUAGAGAAACGAAAUUUACUUUCUGUUUCCGACAGUAAUCAACUACGCUUCCCUCCUGUUAUUUGUAUGUCCUGAAUUGAAUUGAAAUCAUGACCAUGAGUAGAUUAUUGAAAAAAGCGUAAAACAUUAAGCUUUGUAUAGACAUGUAAAAGAUUUCUUCUCUACUUUUUACUCUACAAACUGCAUAUUGCUACCAAUUCAACUUCCAAUUGCUCUAAUUUUUUUUUCAUGGCACACUUUUCCGACAUGAGAUCAGCGAGGAAAUGUUUUUAUUCGACAUUUUUUGUGACUUACACCUCUGAAUGAUAAGAUAAGAGUGUGAUGUUUAAGUUUUACCAAAUACUUUUAAUUCAUCUUUCGUCACGUAGGUAGGAACGAAUAUAGAAACAAUCAAAUUGGGACGGCGGGCAUAUUGUGCUAUUAUGUGUUGAUGAUAAUGAUGUUAUCUUUCAUUAGUAAUAUUAUUUAUGUAUUUGCCUAGGCUGCUUGUAAAGUAUCGGAAAGAAGAAGAGUAUUUACUGCGUUCAAAAUGUGUUAUUUUUAUGUUCAAGCUUUCUAGUAUUUUAAUUUUAAUCUUUUAAUGGUUGUUAUUGUUAUUUAUGAAAAAAAAACAUGUUUUGUAUUUGAAUGCAGCGUGAUUUCGUGUUUUGUAUGAACUAUUUACCAUACAUAAUUUUCGCACCACAACAGACAAUAAGAUUAUCUGUGUGUGAACGCACAUGAAACACAAGAAAUGUUAAGUAAUGGAUGUUAACCAUUGGUGAGAAUUAUAGCAGGCCGCAGAGAAUGAUAGGUAUGUUGGAGUUGAGAAGCAAAAGGAUAACAAGUGCAAUGCUGCUUUCGGACAGGGUAUACAUUCAACUGGCUAGAUGUGUAGAUCAUGAGUUCCCAAAGGAUCAGAAGAGGCCGGUAUCUUGUAGCUGAUGCCACGAAAGACCACCAGACUGGUUCGGUAUCCCUAAUGUAAAUUUAUACAAUGAUAAAACUUGUUUCGUGAACUGUUAUUGAUGUUAUUGUUGAAGAUACAAGGACUAUCGACCCACCAGCAACAGCGAAUGGCUCGAAACAGAUUGUUACCGCAGUAGUAAAUAUUAAAUAAAUUUGUGAAGCAACUACGGGAUGCAACAACUGGUGAAAUGAAUCAAAUAGAAAUGGUUUCCGUGUUCCGUGGCUUUACAAUUAUCGUUUUAUUGAUAUA